GGCAGCCUGAUCUGCAGGCAGAGCCAGAGCCUAUACUAUAUCUAUACGGGCUAUAUAUGUAUAUACACAAUCUACUCGCGACUCGCGUAUAUUAUAGUAGGCCGAGAGUCGCGACUGACUGACACCCACGCAGUCGAGUCGAGUCCGCGAGAAUCACUCGCACGGGGCCCCGAAUUCCGUUUCCCCGUGGUGGAAAGUAAACAACGAAGUGCAGUGUGUGUUCUCUAUAUGUAUAUAUUCGAUAUCAUCGCGAUGAAUCAGACUCCAGCAGCUGCAGUGCAGCGACGUUAAAAGACGUGCUGUCUCUCGCCUCGUCGAUUUGGGCUGCGCUCUGCACAUAUUUUACCCUGCGUGGGACGGGCUGGAAAGCGCGCGAGGUGUUAUAUACACAUUGCGAAACCACAGUGCUCGAAAAUGAAGGCUUGAUGUGGAUCGUCGUGUGUGCGUUAUAUGCUCGCGCUUUCGCUGAACGACAAGAAGACAAGCAGCAAAGGAGGAGUCGUUGUGUGAUCGUCAGGGACGCAAGAUGAUGCCAGAGCGCGACGAUUGCUGAGCUAAACGAAGAACGUCCGCAGCCGAGUCUCGACAGCCGUCUCCUCCGUAGCUUCCCCUCGUUUCUCGCUCGCUGCUUCCGAAAAGUCUCAAAGAUAGACUCUGUGUGGGGUUGGGCGUCACCCCCGCUGCGCCUCCAGGUAGCCGGGGGGACUCGAGGGGCGUCGGGGAGCGCGGGUCUCGCAGCUGCAGCCCAAUCCUCACAGCAGAGGAUGGGCGAGAUGGUCGUCGAUCGCGCUCCCUCGCCAGCACGCCUCAGUCACAACUCCGAGAAACAUCCCAGGGCAACACUGACCGAGCUCGCGGUGCUGCGCAGGCACAGGGAGCUAUGCGACGUCGUACUCAACGUCGGCUCCAGGAAGAUAUUCGCUCACAGGGUCAUUCUCUCGGCAUGCAGUCCCUACUUCAGAGCCAUGUUCACGGGCGAGUUGGCCGAAUCGCGGCAGACGGAGGUGACGAUUCGCGACAUCGACGAGAUAGCGAUGGAGCUGCUGAUCGACUUCUGCUACACGUCGCACAUCAUCGUCGAGGAAGCAAACGUGCAGACCCUUUUACCAGCCGCCUGCCUCCUCCAACUCGCUGAGAUUCAGGACAUCUGCUGCGAGUUUCUCAAGAAACAGCUCGACCCGUCCAACUGCCUCGGCAUCAGGGCUUUCGCCGACACGCACUCGUGUCGCGAACUUCUCCGUAUCGCCGACAAGUUUACCCAGCAUAACUUCCAGGAGGUAAUGGAAAGCGAGGAGUUUCUGCUGUUGCCGGUGGGCCAGCUCGUCGACAUAAUCUCCUCGGACGAGCUGAACGUACGCACGGAAGAGCAGGUCUUCAGCGCAGUUAUGAACUGGGUCAAGUACAACGUGACCGAGCGACGUCAGCACCUUGCCCAAGUGCUCCAGCAUGUGCGGCUGCCGUUGCUCAGUCCCAAGUUCCUCGUCGGCACCGUAGGCUCGGAUCUGUUAGUGCGCUCGGACGACGCCUGUCGGGAUCUCGUCGAUGAGGCCAAAAACUACUUGUUACUGCCGCAGGAGAGGCCGCUCAUGCAGGGCCCGAGAACGCGCCCGAGAAAACCGACUAGACGUGGCGAGGUACUUUUCGCGGUGGGUGGCUGGUGUUCAGGAGACGCGAUAGCGAGCGUGGAGCGAUUUGAUCCCAACACAGUAGACUGGAAAAUGGUAGCGCCUAUGAGCAAGAGAAGAUGUGGUGUCGGAGUGGCAGUACUGAACGAUCUUUUGUACGCCGUGGGUGGACACGAUGGACAGAGUUAUCUUAACAGCAUAGAGAGGUAUGAUCCUCAGACGAAUCAGUGGUCUUGCGAUGUAGCACCUACGACAUCGUGCAGGACUAGUGUCGGAGUCGCUGUGCUGGAUGGAUUCCUCUAUGCCGUUGGUGGACAGGAUGGCGUUCAAUGUCUCAACCACGUUGAGAGAUAUGAUCCAAAAGAGAAUAAAUGGUCGAAAGUGUCGCCGAUGACGACACGACGACUAGGGGUAGCUGUCGCAGUCCUUGGUGGUUAUCUCUACGCCAUCGGCGGGUCCGAUGGGCAGUCGCCUCUGAACACGGUCGAGCGAUACGACCCGAGGCAAAACAAAUGGUCUCAGGUUUCGCCCAUGUCGACGAGACGCAAACACUUGGGCUGUGCGGUAUUUAAUAAUCUCAUAUACGCUGUUGGCGGCAGGGACGAUUGCAUGGAGCUGUCCAGCGCUGAGCGUUACAAUCCCCACACAAACUCCUGGAGUCCGAUAGUCGCCAUGACUUCCAGAAGAAGUGGGGUCGGCCUAGCAGUGGUCAAUGGCCAGCUGUAUGCGGUGGGUGGCUUUGACGGCACGGCCUACCUUAAGACGAUCGAGGUCUACGACCCUGAGCAGAACCAGUGGAGACUGUGUGGAUGCAUGAACUAUCGUCGCCUCGGAGGCGGCGUAGGCGUGAUGCGCGCACCUCAAACAGAAAGCUACCUUUGGUAGCUCAGGCCCCCCACUUCAGCCAGUUCUGUGGCUGAACCAACGACGCCUCUGUCGACGCCCGCGGUGACCCCAGUAACACCCGUGACACCCCCCGCGCCGAUAUCCGCGCCUCUUGCAGCGAAUAACUCGACCAAUACGAGGAAACGAUAUCGGCGAUCCAUGAGCAUCAUUUAAUAUUCACAAAUAUUUAUUAUUAUUUCUUUUCGCUUGGCUCUGAGGGGACAUGGGCAUUGCUUGAAUGAAAAAUACUCUACAGUAUUUUAAUAUCAUGUCUCCUAGUUGAUGUUUAUUUCAUGUUUUAUUUCUCGUGACUGCAUGGUUCUUUUGUUUUGAAAGCUUUUUAUUUAAUUAUCUUGUUUCAAGUAGCAAAAAAGCUACUGGAAUCUUGUAGAAAAAUAACUAGAUUAUUUCUGUUACGCGUGCUCAAAUGUCUUUCAAAUGAAUAAUUGCGUGUCCUCCAGAGUAUAUUUGUUGCUAUUAACUCGAUAAUUGCCACUUUCAACUAGCUACAUUUCAAACCGGAUAUCCUAUACCCAAAUGCAUUGAAUUUAAAGAAGCUCUAUUUGUUUAAACUUUCGUUUAGGACUAGAGCUUUUUAACAUUCAUUGUGCCAACGAAGGCGUUACUGAGAUUCUGAGCGCAUCACUGUCAAUGAUCAGAGGCAUCGUUUUAUUAACACAUAAUUUGACAAGACUUGAAUAAGCGAAACGAGGUAAUAAUAACGAAACAGCUUACAUUCAUCAAAGGAUGAAGUGAAUGAAAGCAUUAUCUACUUUAAGUAACGGGCUACUUUCGUACCCUAAGUCAGGGAACUUGAUUUAGGUAGAUUCACUUAAAGCUAAAGCUAUAUACUUUUAAACGAAUUUUAUUUUAAGAAAUCUAUUUAUUUUUUUAUUUACGCGACAUCUAGAAAAGCAUAAAAAAUCAAAAUUUGAUUUGGAUCACAAUUUGUCUAUUAUCCCUAGCAAAAGUAUGUUUUGCAUGCAGUUUUAUGUCUGCGCUACUUGAUCUGCCAAAAUGUGCAUUUUAUUAAUUUUAACUUGACGAAUUAUCAUUUCUCGGGAAAUGUUUAGUCUAUUAUGAAUUGAUAUGCAGCUUAUGCAUCUGAAUCGUUAAAUUGCGCAUUUUUAGACGUUAUGAAACCUCUAUAACUCGAAGUCCAAGACGACUGUUUAUAAAGCAGCUUCAAUCCUUUGUGAAUAAAGAGCGUUUAAACGCUAAAAUUACCAGAUGGAAAACCAAGAACAAAAAGGAUUUUUUAAACACAAACACAAUACAUAGAUUGUAUAGUUCUGUGCGAGAUUGUAAUCUUGUCAUUAACGGAUUAAUUAAAUUAUUGUAAUUAAGUAAAAUACAUAAUGCCAAACUCUUGCUUGAUGAAAAUGGAAAUGCAUGUGUAUCGCUAAAGUAAGUGAAGGGAAAAAAUUCUGUGUUCAGUCAAGUCAAUCUUCUUGUAACGAAAAAAAGUAAAAAAACGCAAAAAUGCUGUUUGUAUUUUUAAGGCGUAGGGUUAACGAGUCCGUACUUUUAAAGUUUCAAGCGAACUAACGAAAGCAAGUCCAAGCCAAGAAUUAUCUUUACACACGUAAAAUGAAAAAAAUACGCAAACGACCAUUAGCUCUAUUCUCAUUUACGCGCAUGAUUAUACAUAUAAAUAUGAAUUGCUGCUCUCGCAACUAUAAAGAAUUGCCUGGAUGAUGCACUCAGUCACAUAAUUAUACAAGUAAAUAAACCAAGUAUACACCAGAGAGAACAUGUCACAAUAUACAUGAGGACUGAAAAUACUCGAAAAAAUGCGCGCAAGGCACACUUUUUUAAGUUUGUAAUGAUAACUAUGAUUGUACAUGAGCAAUUAAUUUUGUAUAUACUGGAACAAAUCUGUCAGAAGAUUUAUGAAAAUAUAUUGUUAAAAUUGAUGCAACUAA